GAGCAUGACAAAAAUAUCCUCAAUAAAAAAUCAGAAAUCCAAUACAUGAAGACUGAAUGAAUCAUGGAGGACAUGCAAUCAUUCAGAGAUGGAGAUUUUUCUCCAGGAUGCAGUCAAUUUCAGGGGGACAGAUCAAACUCAUCAGAGCCCAGCUGUGUGUCCAUGAAGAGUAACCAGUCUAUGGAAGAACCAGUAAAUUUUCAGGGAAGACACACAUCACCUGAUCUGAGUGAGCAGUCUGUGGACACUCCAGGAACAUUUACAGGAAAACACAUGUCAUCUAAUAUGAGUCGUGACUCUCAACUGGUCCAAAGCAGAUUCAAAUCAAAUCUGCUGAGUAAGUUUGAGCAUCUGUAUGAAGGAACAGCGACGCAGGGAAACCCAACUCUCCUGAAUGAGAUCUACACAGAGCUCUACAUCACAGAGAGUGAGAGUGGAGAGAUUAAUAAUGAGCAUGAGGUGAGACAGAUUGAGACACAAUCCAGGAGAGCAGCAACAGAGGACACAGCAAUCAAAUGCAAUGACAUCUUUAGAGCUUUACCUGGACAAGACAAAGCCAUCAGAACUGUGCUGACAAAGGGAGUCGCUGGCAUUGGAAAAACAGUCUCUGUGCAGAAGUUCAUUGUGGACUGGGCUGAAGGGAAAGAGAAUCAGGACGUCCAGCUCAUAUUUCCACUUCCUUUCAGAGAAAUCAACCUGAUGAAGGACAAAACACUCAGUCUUUCUGAUCUUCUUCAUGUAUUUUUCCCUGAAACCAAAGAAAUGGAAAUAUCCAGUGAUAAAUAUAAAGUGCUGUUCAUCUUUGAUGGUCUGGAUGAGUGUCGUCUGUCUCUGGACUUUAAGAGUAAAGUGAAACUGUGUAAUAUAUCUGAAUCAGUCUCAGUGGAUGUGCUGCUGAUGAACCUCAUUGUGGGGAAUCUGCUUCCCUCUGUUCUCAUCUGGAUCACCUCCAGACCAGCAACAGCUGAUCUCGUCCCCUCUGAGUAUGUCCAUCGAGUGACAGAGGUACGAGGCUUCAAUGACCCACAGAAGGAGGAAUACUUAAUGAAGAGGAUCAGUGAUCAGAGUCUGGCCAACAGGAUCAUCUCACACCUGAAGUCAUCAAGGAGCCUCUACAUCAUGUGCCACAUCCCAGUGUUCUGCUGGAUCUCAGCCGCUGUUCUCGAGAAGAUGUUGAGUCCAGCAGAGAGUGGAGAGAUGCCCAAGACUCUCACUCAGAUGUACGAGCUGCUGAUGAACCUCAUUGUGGGGAAUCUGCUUCCCUCUGCUCUCAUCUGGAUCACCUCCAGACCAGCAGCAGCUGAUCUCGUCCCCUCUGAGUGCGUCCAUCGAGUGACAGAGGUACGAGGCUUCAGUGAAUCAGAGUCUGGCCAAUACAAUCAUCUCCAGAUCUUCAGAGAGGAGUUGGGCUUGUUUCAGGGGAAAGUCUUCUGCUUUGUUCAUCUGAGCAUCCAGGAACAUCUAGCAGCUCUAUAUGCACACCUCUCCUUUACAAAGAACUACAUAAAUGUGUUUGACCAAACUGAACAAAGUGUGUUAUCUAAAUUUGUAAACUGGCUUAAAUAUCAUUCAGUAUCUGAGCUGCAUAAGAGAGUCGUAGAUGUAGCUUUACGAAGUAAAAAUGGACAUUUAGACCUUUUCCUGCAUUUUCUUCUGGGUCUCUCAUUGGAGUCCAAUCAGACUCUCUUACGAGAACUAGUGACACAGACAGGAAGCUGCUCCUACAACAAAGAGGAAACAGUUGAGUUCAUCAAACAGAAGAUCAGGGAGAAUCACUCUUCAGAGAGAUCCAUCAAUCUCUUCCACUGUCUGAAUGAACUGGGAGAUGAUUCACUGAUGCAGGAGAUCCAGGAUUAUCUGAGAUCUGGACAAAUAGGAGAAACCAAACUCUCCUCUUCACAGUGGUCAGCUCUGGUUUAUGUGCUGCUGACAUCAGAGCAGAUGAUGGACGAGUUUAAUCUGAAACAGUUUAUUGGAGCCCAAAAUACAGCAGAUGAAGUUCUUCAGAAGCUGCUGCCUGUAAUUAAAGAAUCCAGAUCAGUUCAGUUGAGUGAUUGUGGAGUCACAGAUGAAGGUUGUGCUGCUCUGGCUUCAGCUCUGAGAUCAAACCCCUCACACCUGAGAGAACUGGAUCUGACUGGAAAUAAACUAGAAGCGUCAGGAGUCAAGCUGCUCUCUGAUGGACUGAAGGAUCCUCGCUGUAAACUGGAAACACUGAGGUUGAGGGGUUGUGGAGUCACAGAUGAAGGUUGUGCUGCUCUGGCUUCAGCUCUGAGAUCAAACCCCUCACACCUGAGAGAUCUGAGUCUGUCAUUUAAUAAACUAGGAGCGUCAGGUGUGAAGCUGCUCUCUGAUCUACUGAAGGAUCCUCACUGUAAACUGGAGAAAUUCUGGUUGAGGGAUUGUGGAGUCACAGAUGAAGGUUUUGCUGCUCUGGCUUCAGCUCUGAGAUCAAACCCCUCACACCUGAGAAAACUGGAUCUGUCAUUUAAUAAACUAGGAGCGUCAGGAGUGAAGCUGCUCUCUGAUCUACUGAAGGAUCCUCACUGUAAACUGGAGAUACUCUGGUUGAGUUAUUGUGGAGUCACAGAUGAAGGUUGUGCUGCUCUGGCUUCAGCUCUGAGAUCAAACCCCUCACACCUGAAAUAUCUGCAUCUGUCUGGAAAUAAACUAGGAGCGUCAGGAGUGAAGCUGCUCUCUGAUCUACUGAAGGAUCCUCACUGUAAACUGGAGAAACUCUGGUUGAAGGAUUGUGGAGUCACAGAUGAAAGUUGUGCUGCUCUGGCUUCAGCUCUGAGAUCAAACCCCUCACACCUGAGAUAUCUGAAUCUGUCUGGAAAUAAACUAGGAGCAUCAGGAGUGAAGCUGCUCUCUGAUCUGAAGGACGAUCCACAUUAUAAACUGAAGACGCUUGACUUCUAGAUGUUAGUCUGACCUUCUCUGAUCGCUGAUGGUGAAUAAAGAGCCGCUACAGACAGACAUCACAUUCAACAGAAUCAACAGACACACACCCACAGUGAUCAUCACACACACGUGU